GUCAAGGCAUUUAAACAGACUCCACUCCAUAAAACGUGCUUUGUUAUCCAGAAGAAGAUAAUAUUCUUCUUGUGGAGACUCUUAAGGAAAAAGACUGAGUAGAGUGUGCUUGCUUAGCCACAGUCACUGGAAUGGGGACAGAAAGGGUUGUUAGCCUUGUGGCUUGUUCUGAAAGAGGACAAAGUAGUGUAGUCCUCAGAGGUGUGAUAGCUGUGCUGGCUAUUAUCACAGUGCUCAAUGUAGGUGGAACCUUAUUCAUCCUAUUGCAAUGGAAAGACCUUGCUUCUAGAGUCAAGGAACUGGAAUCUUAUCAAAGACCAUCCCAAGAGGACUUAUUGACCUCUCACCUGAACCAGCUAGUAUCAGAGAUAAAAGAGAAAGAUUUGGAGGAAACAAGGACGCAGGUCUCCAGAAACAAGAGGAGCCAUCGUCACAGGCAACAAGAAUCCUAUAUCCGAGCUGAGAAUGAAGACAUGCUCAUGAUGAUGACAUAUUCUAUGGUCCCGGUUCGUGUCAUGCUUGGUUUAUGCAACAGCACUAAAGGAAUCUGUCUAACAGGUCCACCUGGUCCUCCGGGACUCCCUGGACUUGAUGGAAUGGAUGGGAUGCCAGGAUUUAAUGGUUCAGAUGGGGUUCCUGGUCUACCAGGUCAAAAGGGGGAACCAGGUGCUCCAGGAAAAAGAGGGAAAAUUGGUGAACCAGGAAUCAAAGGUGAACAGGGCGAAAAAGGAGAGAAAGGAGAUCCUGGUGAAAUUGGUUCCCCAGGAAAGGAAGGCAUGCCAGGAAAAAGGGGUGAAAAGGGGGAUAAGGGGGACAACGGUGACACAUCUAAUGACGUCCUCAAUGAAGGUAUGAAAGGAGAAAUGGGACCUCCAGGCCCACCAGGGCCACCUGGUCCUCCUGGACCCAUGGGUCCUCCAGGCAGGAAGAAAGUAAAAGUCCAGCAAGCCAUACAAGAGUUCAGCACUAAAUGCACAGGCGAGACCUGUGCCGUCCCUAAUGACGACACCAUGGCUGGCAAAUCUGGUGACAAGACCAAUGGCAUUCCUCCAAAGAAAGAUGACUGCACAAUAAAGGACAUUGAGAAUCCAGUUCAUGUUGUAAAAGUAAAAGAGACAUUUGGAGCUUGGAUGAUGGAUUUCUCAAACCAAACCAGUGAUAAAAGAAUUUGGGUUGUGUCACAUUUUUCAGGAUUAAUAGUAAAGGAAUAUGAAAAUACAACGGCUUUGCUGAAUGAUAAUUACAAGAGCACAAAACUGCGUUGGUUCUACCAUGGAUGCGGGCAUCUCGUGUACGACAAUUCACUCUAUUAUCAUAAGGGAGGAUCAAAUUAUAUUGUAAGAUACGACCUUGAUAAUGAAAACUAUCAGACCCUCAGCAUUGACAACGCGGCUUAUCACAAUCGCAACUACCUCUUCUCAAAUUCCAAAUCUUACUUUAAACUGGCAGCAGAUGAGAAAGAUCUCUGGAUAAUCUAUUCCUCUGACACGGAUAAAACUAUCAUGGUUGCUCACUUGGACGAUAAGACCUUCUCUGUCACCCAGCACAUCAACACAACUUAUCCAAAGCCCAAAGCGGGCAAUGCAUUUAUUGCGUGUGGAAUCCUUUAUGUUACAGACACCAAAGAUUUGAGGGUGACCUUUGCAUUUGACCUCUUGAAGCAGAAACAGGUUGAUGCUAGCUUUGACCUUAGGUCAUCAACCUCAAUUCUUGCUAUGCUAUCCUACAACCCUAAAGAUCAGCAAUUAUACGCCUGGGAAGAUGGAUACCUAAUGUUAUAUCCUGUGCGCUAUGUAUCUAGCACUUAGUGGGGGCCUAUCAGCAGCCAUGGUACCCAUAAAAGUAACUAACUGUGUUAAUAUUUCACACGUAAAUGAACAUUUAUAAGCAUCAAGCUUGGGAUUAUAAUUCUGGAGGUCAAAUGAACGGUUUACAUAUCAAAUAUACUUUUUAAUGAACACAGUUGUUAAGAAAUUCUGAUACUUGUUUCUGCCUAGUCGCAGGUUGUUUGCUUUGGCACAUAAUAACUUUGUAGACAGAAUAAAGUAUACAGUCA